AUGAAGGAGCGCUUAGAGACGAGUCUCGCUAAAAUCGACAAAAACAUUAUAUUGAACCAUGCACAGCUUGUUAAACGCCAAAAACUCUCUUUUAGCGAAAACUUCUCGGCAGGGCAGUUUUGGAUCUGUUUUGAAAUGGUCGCCGAAGAUGAGAGUCUUGUUAUUGCGCGUGUUCGCUUACCUCGUCAUCCCGCUACGUUACCAACAGUCAGCGAAGAGGAUGAGCUUUAUGCGAUUGCAUGCGAGGUUGCAACAAUGCAAUUUGUUCGACAGAAGGAUUUACCAUCCGUGGUGGUUCCACAAGUCUACGCGUAUGAAGGCCCAAAGUCUGAACGGGCUGUCGCCGCUGGUGCCGUAUAUAUGCUUCUGGAAGGCUUUUACGGCAACACUCUGCUAGAUGUGGAAUUUGAUCUUUGCAAAUUACCGGAGCAUGUUUUGUCCCAGUGGACCUCUGUGCAAGCGCAAUUAGCUACUUUGGCAUACCCGCUUAUUGGGUCCAUAACCGCAAUUGAUGAAUUGGGAGAACCUGUUAUUGGCAAGUUAUCAACAGCAGCAGCAGAUGGGGUCAUGCCAGAGGGUCCGUUUUCUACGGGUGUUGAGUACUUCGCCGCAAUUGGGAAAGCUGCACUGCGGAGAAUUGUGCUUGAAGGGGACGGCGACAGACAAGACUUGGUCAAAUCUAGUAGGCUUGGUGCAUUUGUGUUUCUCGAUAUUAUACAAAAAACAGACCUUUUCGCGGGACCCGAUGGUCUCUUUCCUCUAAAUCAUAUGGACCUUGGCACUCAGAAUAUCAUCGUCGAUGAUGACUUGAACUUUUUGGGCAUUAUUGACUGGGAAUUCACCCAAACAGCCCCUUGGCAAGUCAAUUACUACCCAAUGCCAUUUCCACUUGUUGAGUCCGACGAAGACAUCAAGCCCAUCCUCGAAGACCCCAAGCAUCUUGCACAUGAAAAUGUCAAGAAGCAGCAUUUCUCUCGAAAGCUAUAUUGCGAUAUGUUCCGUGAGGCUGAAGAGGCACUGAGAAAAGAAAAGAGUUUGCAAGGCAAAUUCUCCGAGGUGCUCGAGGGCCGGGCUUCGAGAAUUUACGCAUGCUUCGGCAAGCUUGGUAAUAUGCCGGAACACGACAUGCAUUAUGUGCGCACCAUGGUGAGCCUGGCAUUCGGAUUCAAUGCCCAGGAAAUAGAUCAAUACAUCCAAGACAUACAGUCUCGGAUGGGCUGA